AUGAGUGGUUACAAGAAUUAUUUGUCCGCAUAUAUUCAAGUUAUCGCAGCAUUGUAUACAUGCAGAUAUUGUGAUGGUCUUUGUGAAUACAAGUGGGGUGAUUUAAUACUCAAAAAUCUUACAGAUGAUUGGCUGGAAAGGAAUUCUACUUGCUUAAAUGGCGAAAACGAGUCCAUUGAUACUGUUGAGCUUUCCAAUAACGAGAUAGAGGAGAUAGAACCAGCUGUAUUUAGUCGUUUACCUAACCUAGAAUAUCUAUACCUGACAAACAACAAUCUGACAACAAUACAUGUUGAUAUAUUACCAAUCCUAGAAAUGAAUGUGAGGCACGAAAACGAGACCCAGCUGGCUGGAAAUCCAUGGACAUGUGACUGUUCUCUGAAGUGGAUGAUACAGUUUGUGCAGGCAUACACAGCAUCAGACAAUAUUUCAUGUAAUAUCCCCUACAAUAUCAGCAUGCUACGGCUUAGUGUUGAAAGUUUGGAUUGUGAUAGCAUCAUACCGGAAGUAUUGCAUGAUAUGACAUUGGUGGUGAAAAUUGUUGUGUGUGUUUCACUCGGUGUAGGUGUUUCAAGCGUUGUGGGUGCGUCAUUUGUCUGGUUCAUGAAGAAAAACGCCAAAAAGAAAAGGAAACCUUUCAAGAUGUUGACAAACAGACACUACUACCGAGCACAAUCAGUGACAGAUAUUUCGGGAAUGUCUUUGUCGCCUAAACGAUUCUAUGGAAACCAAGUAAAACAGGACAUGCAGCAAACAGAUGUAGGAUUUACGGAACUGACUGUGUAUGGUAAAGUUCGUCUGGUAAAACUUCUCGGACGCGGGGCGUUUGGUGAGGUAUAUGAAGGUUUUGAGACUGGUUUUAACAAUGUUGGAAGGAAAGUUGCUAUCAAAAGAAUCAGAGAUAAUGUAAAUCCAACGGAAACAGAAAGUUUGAUGAAGGAAUGUGAAAAUUUAAAGAAAGUUGGAUCCCACCAAAAUAUAGUUGAAGUGUACGGAUCGUGUAUUAUCAAUGGGUCUCGUGCAAUAGUGAUGGAACUUGCUGAGGAUGGCGAUCUUAAGAACUUUUUGAGGACAUAUUAUGAAGCCAAUCGUACAGUGAUACAAAACCUGGAUUGUUCCGAGGAGAAGUCGUAUCUAUGGUCACAAUGUUCGCGGCUCUAUAUGUUUAUGUGGCAUAUAGCGAAGGGCAUGGCUUAUUUAAGUUCUCUAAAGAUUUUACACCGUGACCUUGCAGCUAGAAAUAUUUUGCUGUCUAAAGGACCGAUUGCUAAGAUAUCCGAUUUCGGCCUAUCACGUGAUGUGUAUGAGUCGGACUAUUAUUAUCAAGAAACAGCGAAUAUGUAUGCAGGGUCUUUCAACUAUUUGAAAAACCCUGCUGUAUGUAACAUUUUAUGCGUCUAA